AUGUCCAUAUCUCCACAAAACACUGCCAGCAAUGCCACCGUCACAAUGACGACAACAAAGACUGGCACGCUGCGCGAUAUUAAUCACUGCGGACUGAAGAUAGUUCCCACUGCGACGAUCAUGGACUUGGUGUCAGCCGCAAUGAAUGCCGAUCUAGGCCCUGGCCUGCAUUACUCCACUUGGUAG